AUGUUCGGGACGCGGCAGCAGCAGCUGCAGCAGCCCGCGUUGCCCCCGCACCUCCCCCAGCAGCAGCACUACUACCGGCGGCAGCAGCACUACAGCACCCUGCCCGUCCGCCGGCCCUGCCCUGAGCCGCUGCCCUGCCUGGACCCCGCUCCGCAGCAGCAGCAGCAGGACGGCGCCGUGGCCUACGACUGGGUGCACACCUACGGGCCGGGCUGCCGCCGGGUCAGCACCUCCUGCUCCCCCCGGGCAGCCUCGCCGCUGGACUGUGGGCAUGGCUGUGACCCGCCACAGGGUGCCAUUCACAGGAUCAUUAUCGAGAACCCAGAUCAGGAGCCAUUAUCCCCUUUUCUUAGAGGGGCCAAUUUCUCUCCUGGAAAUAAUGUCAUCUAUGAAAAAACAAUAAGAAAAUAUGAGCUAUUAAGUCCCCUCCAAGAGAGGCAGUUCCAGGUGUGCCCGGCAGAGCAGUGCCCGCCGGUGGCCAUCACCCAGCAGUGCCAGCAGACACAGACGGGCUCUCCCUGCAAGCUGUGCCCGGGCCCAGGCAGCGACGAGUGCCGGGGACAUCCCGUCAGGAGGGGCAUGGCCCCCGCCGAGCUGGUGAGCUGCCCUCAGGACAGCCCUGAGCAGCUGGACUGUCACUUCUUUGGGGAGCUGCUGGCAGAGCUGCACUGCAAGAGCACUGACCUGUACAGCUGCUUGCUGCAGCACGUGGAGAAGACUGGGACAAGGAACCACAACAUCGAAUUCCCAUGCCAGACUGAAGAUAUUGAAGAAUUAAUUCCCAAAGGACUGUCUGAGGCAACAAAGCAGCAGAUUUGUUAUCUCCUCCAGAUGAGAGCGACAUCGGACAAAUCCCUGAGACUUGUGCUUUCCACGUUCAAGAAUCUGCGUGAGGAGCUCUGCCAUUUGCAGGAUGACCUGGGGAAGCUGGAAAUCGACAAUGUAUUGCUGAAGAAGGAUUUGGAUUUUAAGGAUUCUCAAGUAAAAGAAUAUGAAACAAUGUUGGCUUCUCUGAAGGAGAACAAUUGUCAGCAGCAGCAAGGGCUCAGGGACAGCACUGCCAAAUGCCACUCCCUGGAGGAACAGCUCCUGUCCCUGCGGCUCAGCGAGGGGAACAAGGACUGCCAGCUGAAGGAGCUGGAGUACAGCAAGAGGGCCCUGGAACAGGAAAUCCAGAGCCUCAAGCUGCAGAGAUGCUUCAGUCCAACCCUGCAGACCACAACGGACGAACUCUCCAGCCGCUACGUGGAGAUGAUCAACAACCUGAGGGAGGACAAGGACAGGGAGAUCUGCAGCCUCAGGUCCCAGCUGUGCCAGUUCCAGCAGGACAUAACCAGGAGAGAGGGGAGCAACAGCGACUUGCAAAUGAGGCUGCAUGAACUGACGUCGCUGCUGGAGGAAGAGGCUUUUAUUAAACAACAGCAAGAGGAGCUCUUCAGACUGAAGCACGAGAAGUUAUCUGGCAGUCAGUCCCCUGGGGUGACAGCCAUCAUCACUAAAAAGUACAGGAAUCAGUAUCCUAUUCUGAGUCUCCUGUCUGAUGACUAUAAGGUCACAUCACCUGUCAGUAAAUCACAAACGAUUGUAAUUGAGAGGACUGGAGAGAUCUGGAAACAUGUAAGUUUACCUGGAGAUGCACUGUUCCCUCUGCAAUCCCUAAGUGUUCAAUUUAACUUCAAAGCAAGUAUUACCUAAACUGAGAGCUCAGAAAUGCCCUGGUGGUAA